CUUUGUGGAUCCGGGAGCGGCGGCAGCGGCCGUAGCCCGCAGGCCGCCCUAACGCAGCGUCCCGGGAACGUGGCAGCCACCUCUGUGCUACCCUCAGGAACCGGGACGAGCCAGCGCUGAUCCGGCAGCGUGGCCGAACUUGUCCCCGCUCUGUCCAAUCAGUCCACGAGAACGAGAAGUGACGGCACAAUCAGCCAAUCGCAGCGAGGGGCUGGCUCUGCACACGGCACGGGCUCCCCUCCCUUUCCCCGAGCUCCGCCAUUUCUCGGAAGCCUCUCCUGGGUAGCGGCUCCCGCGCUGGACCCGGCCCGGGCAUCGGGCCAAGGAACCGCUGCUGCCCUGAACCGCCGGGAGCUCGGGGAUUUUUCAUUCCCAAGGUGUGGGCAGAUGGAGGAGAAGGAAAAAUCCUGGAGAUCCCUCAGGAGGAGGAGCUGCAAGCCCAGCCCAGGGAGCUGUGAGGAGGAAAGAUCCUCCCUGUGCUGGGAAGGUGGCCGGAGAUCCAGGCGGAGCUCAGAGCUGGUGGAGAAGCCUUAUGGAGGGGAGAGGCCCCACAAGUGCUUGGAAUGUGGGAAGGGUUUCAGCCGCAGCUCUCAUCUGAUCCAGCACCAGAGGAUCCACUCUGGGAAACGUCCGUAUGAGUGUGGGAAAUGUGGGAAGGGAUUUAGAGACACCUUCUGCCUGCUCCGGCAUCUGGUGAUCCACACUGGGGAGAAGCCCUAUGAGUGUGGGGAGUGUGGGAAGGGCUUCAGAGACAUCUCUGGCCUGCUCCAGCACCAUGUUAUCCACACUGGGGAAAAGCCCUACGAGUGUGGGAAAUGUGGGAAGAGCUUCAGCUGCAUCUCCAAUCUGAUGCAGCAUGAGACGAUCCACACUGGGGAACGGCCCUACACCUGCAUGGAAUGUGGGAAGAGCUUCAGGCUGAGGUCAGACCUGAGAAACCACCAGCACAGCCACACCGGGGAGAGGCCCUACGAGUGUCCUGUGUGUGGGAAGAAGUUUCAGAGAAGCUCCACUCUCAUCAGACAUGAGCGGAUUCACACAGAUGAGAGGCCCUUCCGCUGCCCCGACUGUGGAAAGGACUUCAACCGCAACUCCGCUCUCACUGUCCACCGACGCAUCCACACCGGGGAGAGGCCCUAUGAGUGUCCUGAGUGUGGGAAGAGCUUCUCACAGAGCGGUAACUUGACUCAACACCAGCGGAGGCACCAGUAAGGGAAGCCCUGUGACUGCCCCGAGUGUGGGAAGACCUUUGUGCUCUUCUGCAGCUCCAUCCCCCAUGGGAGGAUCGGUGUUGGAUGAUCCCC